CAACUCCUAUGGUCACUGUCACGCUAAACAAUGACCAUAGAAGUCGGCAAGGCAGCACAAUAACAGUUUUGGGAACAGGCUCAUUCACUACCAUUUGAAAUCAGGAAAGGCAAAAUGCACAGUACAAAAGUGCACUUAAUAUGUUAAGGUUAGCAGGUUGUAUGACUUGGUGGCUGUGCCAGCUAGUGACCACUCUGCAGAGCUGCCUCCAGAACAAGACUCAGGACAAAUAACGCUCUCCUUCCUGCCCUUUCUGCAUCUUGUAGAGGCCUCCUAUGUUGCCAGGACAACCAGAAGGGGCUGACCCCGUCCACGUGACUCCUCUCUUCUCCUGCCUCCGGGUGUAGUGUGUGUUGUCUGCUGCCACUGUGACAGAUUUGGGGGAAAGAGAAAGUGGUCUGCUCUGGUCUUGCCACCAGACAGUGGAGUUGGUCGUCUGGACCGAGAGAGCAGUCGGGCGUUGAGAGAUGGAGCUCUCUGCGGUCGGGGAACGCGUUUUCGCCGCGGAAGCCAUUCUGAAACGCCGCAUUCGCAAGUCUCGCCUAGAAUACCUAGUGAAAUGGAAAGGAUGGGCACUGAAACACAGUACCUGGGAACCAGAAGAGAAUAUCCUGGAUGACAGACUGAUCGCAGGAUUUGAACAGAAAGAGCGUGAGAGAGAACUCCACGGACCAAAGAAGCGGGGACCCAAACCCAAAAACCUUCCUGCCAAGGCACGUGGAGCCCAGAAGAGGGAGACCUCCACCCCUCGAGCUCCUCGCUCCACUUCUUCCUCUUCUCCUCGAGCCCCUCCAUCCUCCUUCCCCUCCGCCUCUCCAGCACCCACCCCUAAACUCAACUCCCUGGCAGCGACACACAAGCUGAAGAAAGACAUUCGCCGCUGCACUAGUAUGUCCCGCGCCCCUUACCUCGCCCCGACCCCCUGGCCUCUCCCGGAUCCUUCUCCGGCUCCAGUGGGUUCCCCUCGCGGCCCCCCCGUCUCCCCCUUCUCAGAGACCGUCCGCAUCCUCAAUCGUCGCGUCAAACCACGCGAGGUCAAACGGGGUCGCAUCAUCCUAAACCUCAAGGUCAUCGACAAACCAGGAAGUGGAGGCGGGGGAAGGGGCGGCGGGGGUAACCGGAGGGCGCCAUCCGGCUCCAUGUCCCUCCAAGGGGGUCGUCAGAACAUCCCCUCCCGAAAUAGGAUCAUAGGGAAGAGGAGUGGAGAGGCUCCGUACCGGCCAUUCCAGCCCAUGCUGGGGUUCCCCAUGUACGGGAAGCCGUUUGGUCUCCAGUGUGGCGGCCCCGGACCUCUACACCUUCCACACUCAGCUACAGGCUCCAGCACAGGGACCCUCAGGGCCACCCCCCCGGAGCUCCAGAAGAACCAGAACGCCGAACAAGGACCAAACCCCCUCCUCCCCUCCCUCUCCUUUGCUUCCGGAUCCUCCUCUUCCUCCUUUGAUGAAGAGGAGGAUGAUGCUGAUGCUCUGGACCUUUCCGCACCUCAGGAGGGGAAGAGGAAGCUUCGCCGUCGGCGCCGGCAGAAACGCCAGCCGCCCUCUGUCAGUACCGCUUCCCCUCCUCACCCCGCUGCCGCCAGCUCCUGCCCCUUGACCUCCAACCCUCAGAGGGUCCCCGCCGAGGGCGACCCCGACUGGCACCCAGAGAAGGUGGCGAGCAGCGCCAACGUGGUCGUGACCGACGUCACCACCAACCUCCUCACCGUCACUAUCAAAGAUAUCGAUCGCUUUAGCCCAUCUCGCCGCGCUGCCGCUAUGAAGUUCGUUGUAGUCUUGGUCGGUGCUGGUUCCGUGGUCUUCCUCGGCGCGGUCAUCUGCAUCAUCGCCAGUGUUUACCCGCGGAAAGCUGCCGCGCCCCAGGACCUGUCCGACAACGCGACUCUGUCUGCUGAGCCCUUGUUUUCCCUGGGCUCGGUGGCUCACGCCGGUCCAUUGGGCGCUCUCCAUGGUUCUGAAUCCUACGAGGGCGGCGGAGGAGGCGGCUUGGGGCUGGGGGGUCCCUCCACUCUCAACGAGCUCAGCCCCGGGGAGGUGACCGGUGGUGGUGGAGGGGCGCCGAAACAGUUCAGUUUCAGCCGGCUCAUCUGCACUCCGAUUCCCGUCGGAGAAUGCAAUGCCAAGAGCAUGAAGCAGCAGGCGGACGACCCUUCACUCUAUGUGGGUGAAGACUGGAGCUACCUCCGGACCACCGCGGACGACCUCCGGCAGACGGUGGUGCAGCAGAACGGCCAGAUACUCAUAGAUCAGCGGACCAUCCGUGAGCUGACGGGGAAACUAUCGGAGUGCGAGACCGGCCUGGAGGACGGGAGUCCCGGGCACUCCGAGAGGAGCCUGGGGGCCUGGGCGGGCAACCGCCGACUCAUGGCCGGGGAUGAUGUGAGCUCAUCGGCCGCUGUGCAGCUGCAGACCGCUAGAGCCGUGGAGGAGCUAGAGAGGGCCAUUCUCAACCUGAAAGACCGCAUCGAAAAACUGGAGUUGGAGAUCGGCCCUGCUGCCCUGAACCUCUCCGUUGAGACUCCAUCCCCCAGCGCCGGUGUGGGCGUCAGCAGUGGCAUCGCUACUAAAGUUCAAGGGUCACCAUCAUCAGCAUCAACGACAGGAGGCGGUAGUGUCUCCUCGGGGGGGCGAAAGGCCCCUGGGGGCCCUGGCAGAGGAGGCGGAGGCCCCUGGAAGGACCUGGAAGGAGAGCUGGAGAGGAAGAUUGAAAUGCUGGAGAAAGAGCGGAAGGCGCUGAGGAAGGAGACACAGACACAUCACAAACAGAUAGACCAAGGGAUUGAUACUCUACACCACCGCAUUGCAGAGCUGGAACAGAGUCUGACAGAGUACAACUAUCCAGACGGCUAUGUCCUCUCCUUCCCCGUGAGGACCAGAUACAUGUACGGCCUGGUGCGGAGAGAAAUGCCUGAGAUGUAUGCCUUCACCGCCUGCGUCUGGCUCAAGGUGAAAGAGGGGGGUAUCGGCACCCCCUUCUCCUACUCCGUCCCGGGACAACCCAACGAGCUGGUGCUGCUGCAGGGGAUACACAACCCUGUAGAGCUUCUUAUCAACGACAAGGUAGCUCAGCUGCCCCUGUCCCUUGCCCAGGGUGUGUGGGAGCACAUAUGUUUGAGCUGGACCCUCAGAGACGGGGUAUGGAAGGCCUACCAGGGGGGGAAGCUGAAGGGGCGCGGAGAGGGGCUGGCCGCAUGGCACCCCAUCAAGCCAGGAGGAGUGCUCAUUCUGGGGCAGGAGCAGGACACGCUGGGCGGUCGUUUCGACGCCUCCCAGGCCCUGGUUGGGGAGCUCUCCCAGUUCAACCUGUGGGACAGGGUCCUGAAGCCUGCUGAGGUAUCCGCUCUGGCUGCCUGUUCCUUGGGCACACUGGGCAAUGUGGCCCCCUGGACAGACCAGGACGUGGAGGUCUACGGAGGGGCCACCAAGGAGGCUGUGGACCCCUGCAACCAGCCACCCCGGGCCAGCCCCAGCUCUAGCCCUAAACAGUGAGGGGUUAGAUGGGUUGGUAGAGGGGUCUCUUGGUUGUUAUAAAGGGUAGCCGCUCAGUGAGGCCAGAGGGGUAGUUGGUUUGUUGAUGCUCCUCAUAAGAGGGGGGUUUAAGGUGUUUUCCUGGGGCAGGGGUUGUGUGAUGGGAAACUGGGGUAGAGAUGGAGAGUCAGUUGAGUUGUUUUAAAGAGGCAUUGCUAUUUCCAAGAGAGGGUGGGUGUGCUUGAGGAAGCCUUUCGGAGGGUCUGGGAUCAGGGGGCGUAGAGAUUAGUUGAGUAGGAGUGUUGUUAUCUGGGUGUUGUUCACCCACUGAAGGUGUUAACGUCAACAGCGCUACAGCUGUUGAGAACAACACCCAGACUAGCUUUAGCUCCGCGGCCAUGUGGGAAGAUGUUAAGGGAAAGGUGCUGCUUUUUUUUCACCCCUCUGAUUUGUGUUUUAGAGAGUUGAGGGGAGGGGGUUCUCAGCCCCCCAGGGAAGAGCUACAUACACCACGCCUCAUCUCAUCUCAUCACGUGUUCUGAAGCUUGUGCUUCUAACUUUGGAAUAGGGAUUUUCUUCUGCUUUUGGAGAUGUUGCUCCUCAACUGUGUUUGUGAUCAACAACGGCUCGGUAAAAGUCAGCGUCUGGACUGCUUUUUCUACUGCGCAUUUUGUUGAUUUUCUUUGCAGCAAUGUUUUUUUUCGGUCUUCUUUCUAUGUAUGUCUGUUAUGUGCUUUCAGAUCAACCUGUUGCGACUCACAAAACCGCUCACAAAGAUGCAAUUGUAACGGCCCAGCACAACGUAUUGCCAGAGAGAUAGCUGUUGCGAGUCACAUGGAUCAUGUAAAUUAAGACGUCAAUUGAUUUCUUAGAUUCAUAACAUCCAUCUGGUUGACUUAAAGAGGCAGUCUGUUGAGUGAUUCAUAUCAUCCAUCUGGUUGACUUAAAGAGGCAGUCUGUUGAGUGAUUCAUAUCAUCCAUCUGGUUGACUUAAAGAGGCAGUCUGUUGAGUGAUUCAUAACAUCCAUCUGGUUGACUUAAAGAGGCAGUCUGUUGAGUGAUUCAUAACAUCCAUUGUGGCAGGAUCGCUUUGUUGUUGUUUGAACUGCAGAUUGGCCCUUUACAGUGAUUUGUGACCUGUCUCAAUGGUUUUUAAAUGUAAAGCUGAUGGAAUGGAAUGUAUAUCUGUAUGCAUGAGAAAAGCUUUUUCAAAAUUAGAGGUCAGAGGUCAGAUUUCUAAAUAGUCCAGCAACAACACAAAACCGUACAACAAUAUUAACUAUUGAAUGGUGCGCUUCACCCCACAAAGGCCUAAAUGAAUACGCACCUCAAAGAAUGUGUAUUUAGCUUGAUCUUACCUUCACAGAAUUGCUUAAUAAGUGGGUACAGAAGGGACAUUGGGACACUGAUGUUGAGUUGGGGGGUGUAGUGAAGAAAAGUGUACCCGGAUUAUUGGGUGUCCUUCCCCCCACUUCACCAUCGACAUAUGGUUGUAAAGUGCCUGUCUGGGUGUUACACGCCCAAUGCAAAUGUCAAAUGUAUUUUAUUCUCUCUCUCUCUCUCUCUCUCUCUCUCUCUCUCUCUCUCUCUCUCUCUCUCUCAUUCUCUCUCUCUCUCCUGCUAUUGGUUAUGAUGUUAUUGUAACCAGCUGUGAUGUCAGUAAGUGUUGUGCUUGUUCAUCUUGUGCACCUCCAUGGAUCUUCUAUGAUAUUGUGACAAUAUGUGGAUGAAUAAAAUAAAAUGGUUAUGAUGUCGUAAGGAGGUA